CUAUCUCAUUUCCCCAUCAGAAUUUGAAAGAUUUUCCCUUUCGCCAAAGUGGCUGGUUGAACCUCGAUGUCUCAUGAAUGCAUUGGAAAACAGAGAAAACUGCCAUGGGCACAGCACAUCUGGCACAGAAAAGACUUCAAAGAAAUCGAACAAUAUUAGGGAACCAAGACAAACCUCCGGUGAACCUGUUGGUGAUGAAAGAAUGACUGGUAGGCUGAUGGAACACGCCCUCCUCAAUGAUGAGAAUGUUCUGAAGGAAAUCCAAAGCACUCUGGAAGGUGGGAGAGGGAGUUAUUAUAAUAGAAGUUCAGGAAGAAUCCAAGUAGGGCAUACGUUAAGUAAUGGAGGAGGUAAGUUGACUUUAUAUUUUUACUUGCAGUAGGUAUUGAAACAUAAUAAACUGUGGCUCGUUAUAAAAAUAUAUUGCUUCCUACUCUUUAUUUGGGACUACUGAACAAUCUUAUAAAAAUUUUCCCCUUUAACUUGAAUAGAAAACCACUAGAA